AUGGCUGACAAAAUUAGGUAUACUUUAGAAAAGUUUAUUCCUGAUCUCCUGGCUCUUUAAAAAAAGCAGGUAUUCUCUAAGGAUGAAGUUAAAGACAUACUCCAUAAAAGAGAAGAAUUUGAAUAUAUGUUAUAGCGUAGAACACAUAAUUUAAGUAAUUACAUGUAAUUACUUGAUUAUGAAUAUGGAUUGGAAAGACUCAGAAGAUAACGAAAUAAGGAACGUUAAAUAAAGAAGGUUACAACAAGGGAUUAUGCAAUUGUGAAAAGAAUUAUUUAUAUUUGGGAUAGGAUAAUGAAUAAAUAUCGCUACAAUAUCGAUUUAUGGAAACAAUAUUUAAGUUUUUGUUAUAUCAUUGAAUCAAAAAAACAUUUCUUCAAAGUUAUUACAAAAGCUUUGAAUUUUAAUCCAUUUAAUACUGAUCUUUGGUUGGCAGGUGCUCUCUUUGAAUUAGAAAAAGCACAUAAUCCAAUAAAAGCAAGGAAAAUAUUUUACUAAGCUUUAAGAAUUAACAAUAAAAAUGUAGAUCUAUGGGGAAGUUAUUUAGAUUUUGAAUUGAAUCAAUUAAAAAUUGGAUAAGAAUAGAAUGAUGAAAUCAAAAAUUUUGAUGGAUUUAUGCCAUUAAAUACAGUAGAACCUAUAACAUAAAUUAAAUCAAAAAAACUUGAUGGAAUAAAAUAAAUUAUAUAAUUAGCAAUUGAAAAUUGUGAUAAUUGUGAGUUAAGAAAGUUAUUUAAAAAUAUUUUACUUAGACAUAAUUAAAAUGAAUUGGCUGAAGAAGUAUAAUAAACAUAAUAAUUGGAUAAUUCAGAAAAAAUAAGUCAAUUUAUAUGGGAAAAUAAAGAUGAUCCUUAAGUAUUUGAAAAAUUGAAAGAUUUAAAUGUUGAUUACAAAAAUGAAUUAUUAUAAUUGUUUAGAGAAAAAGCAAAUAGUUUAGAUAGUUUUUGGUUAUUAGCUUUAUCAUAGUCUAAUUUAAAAUAAAAUUUAUUAGAAGAAAUCAAAAACAAAUCUAUUAAAUUCAAGAUUUAACUUGUUGAGAAAGGAUAUUUACAAAUUGAAUAAAUAAAUUUAUAGGAAAUUUAAAAAUAAAAAAAUAAAAAAGAAUUACUUGAAAUAUUACUAUUAUUAGUACAUUUAUACAAAAAAGAAUUCUCAUUUGAUAUAGCCAAAUAGAAUCUUAUAGGAUAAACUGAUUUAUUUGUUAUUUUUCUUGAUGAAUAUUAUCCUCUAUUAAAUAAUGAAGAAUAAUAAUAACUUUUAAAUUGGUUAGAAAAAUAGAAAUAAUUUUGCCCUUUAAAAUACCAUAAAUUAAGAAAUUUAGAUUUUGUUUAAUUAAAAAAAUUAACAGAAUAUCAUCCAAAUGUAGAUACAUGGAAAUUUGUAUUAGAAUAAACAAAAUAGCGAUUUCCUGAAAAGAUUACUCAAAUAAUGACUAGCAUAUAGUUUUUAGACCCUUAAAUAAGAAAUCAAGUGUUAAAAUGA